UGUUGGGCGCGCUGUGAAGAAAACUAUUUGAAAGAAAAAAUGGCGGAAAAACAUCCACAGAUUGGACAAAAGGGUUGCGGAAAUGUGGUCGUUGCUGAUACUCAGAAUGAGGUCAACUCAGUGACACCCAAAAGGUGUUCAUCCACAAGCCCCGAGUCAGCCCCUCCACACAAAUCUCCCCGUACCGACGUCCAGUCACCCACCAAACAGACACCAGAUGCAGGAGAGGGACAUCCAGACACAGAUAAACAAGAAAUGCACACAGAAAACACGGAGGGACAUACAAGUCCAUCUGGCAGCCCCACUGCACGGAGAAAAUCCUGGAGGAGAGCCACCCUAACCCGACGCUCUCUACCUGCCCUUCCCAACCCAUAUCAGAUUUUGUGCAGGAGCAUAAGUACAUCCUUAUCACAGCAAGAGAGGCUGGAAAAAUUGAUGGAGGCUUCAAUGAGGCUGGCAAUAGAAAGAACUCAAAAUUUGCUCCAGUCAGUACCGAAUUCCUCACCGGAGUCUUUUCAAAAACAAGUUGAGCACAUGCAGAAGGAGUGGGGUUGUCUGGCCAAAAGCAUUCAGAUUGAACCACAUCAACUUCCUGCAAGUGCAGCAAGAUCUAGUGAUCCUGCAGCGCAGAAAGCCCUGGAAAAAAUCCAGAAAGCCACCAACAGGCUUCAGGCUGAAUGUGAAUCUUGGGAAGCACUGUUGAACAAACACCGGAGUAAGGCAGAGGAGUUGGAAAGGAAAGUGGAGAAGGGCCAAAAGAGAGGUGUAUCAUUAGACUGUACAUCUGUGGCCCAGUCCUCACAGUACCAGUUCAUACAGAGCAAACCUGACUACCACGGUCUCCUCAGUAGACAACAACCCAUGCUUCACACUAUGGAAAUGAUUAUGGACAUUCAAUGUAAGAUGGUCAGAGAACUUCUGUCUAUCAAGGAGCAGUCACAGUUAUUGGUGAAAAAGACAAGUGGCCGAUUGGCUGCAGAGGCAGGUUUCCAGGCCCUUUCACCGGACCUCAUCAGGAACCUGAUGGCAGCACCUUUAUCAUCUGCAACUACAUAGUCAUUCUGGCUGGAGGCAAGCACGAGCAACCAACCCUCUAUUGGACCAUGUUUUUUUUUUAUGACUUGUAUAUGAAGCUCAUAUAUCUGUACCUUUUGGUAAUUUCUCUGAUUUGAGAUAAUUCCUUUUCUCUGUCUUUGUUGACGUCUUUUAUAAUAUAAUUAAGCUCUAAUGUUAUGCUUUCCAUGUCAGAACACUUUGAGUUGCAGCAGCAGGACUCACGAUAGAGCCAGUUGAGGUAAUUCAUGUGUUUAACCAGCAGGCGGCAGUGGCUGGCUAUAUAAAAUUGUGUCAAGCUUG